GGGAGACUUCUGAUCCGAGCCAUGUCUGGACUGAAUGCAUCUCUUGGAUACUUCGUGGCUGCUGUGAUUUUUGUAGUCACGGUCAAAAUACUCUUAAAAAAAUGGCCACGUUUUAGCUUCAUUUUGGAGUUUGCCUCCUCUUUUAUGCUGGUGGCAUGUUGGCUAGAGGUGCAGACCAUUGUGGAGAUUGGUCAGUGGGCUGGGGGCUUGGGUCCUGAUGUGACUGUAACUAUACUGUUUGUAAUGAUGCUGACCCAUGGUGUGAUCUGUGGUACUGCAUCUGGAAAUCCCUCCCUGACUUUGAUGAAGUUUCUGCAGCUGGAGGCCCCCAUAUUGUCAACUGUCCUCGCUGUUGCAGCCCAGUUUGCUGGAGCCCACUUGGGCCUCAUAGUUGCUCAAUACUACUGGAGCCUGGAGCUAACAGACAUGCACAUGAUCAAAAACCUGAUGUAUGGACAGUGCAGCACAUCUUUGAUGGUAUCUAUGCCUCAAGGUUUUUUUACGGAAAGUACUUGUGCACUGAUUUUUUGCCUCAUCUACUUAAAACUGAGCCGCAGAUCUGCGUUUAUCCGGGUGCCUCUGAUUGCUCUGCUUCUCACUUUUCUGUCCUACACAGCUCGACAAUACACCUCAGCUUUCAUGAAUCCAUCCCUGGCCUACGGCCUCACCUUCCACUGUCCUGGAAAUACAUUUACACAGUAUGCAGUGGUCUACUGGCUGGGCCCUCUCACAGGCAUGAUGGUGGCUCUACUCCUGUAUGUGGGUCAUAUUCCAAGGAUUUUUGCAAAGAACCUUCUGUAUUCUCAGAAGACACGCUUCAAGGGUCCAAAGGUGGAAACAGGAGACAAGAAGAAAAUUUGAAAAAGAAAAAAAAAAAAAAAGUACUUUAAAGAUGUAAAAAUAAGUGAUGUUUACCUCAUGUCAUACAGGCUUAUUAAAUAAAUGUUACAAAACUUUGGGUUCCAAAAAAACUUUACUUAUUUCCUUGUUGACUACAGCACAACAAAUUUAUGACUGAAAAUUACAUUUCUUUGAAAUAAUUAACUUUUGUCAAGCACCUUAAAUAAAAUGCAUUUGUGAGAUGCCACGAUUGCCACCUAGUGGCAGCACCAAGAAUGACAGAGUGAAGUAAGAUUCAAAAAUAUAAAAUCAAACCGAUCUCACAGAGGCCAGAAACUCAAACUACAGCACACAAGUAUCAUAACAUAGUAUAAUGUAUGAGUAUAUUUCUCAGUCUCUGUAAGAAGAUACAACUUCAACACUGAACAGUAUUAACACAAAUUUCAGAAAAAAAUAGUAUCUAGGGUUAGCAUGACCUUUCUUUGUACUUAACAUGCCAUGAAUUCUUCUGCACAGACAUUAUGACAUUUAUUGAACUAAUGUUCUGGUGUUUUACACCAGAUUUCAUUCAACAUUUUUCUAGUGUUUCUUAUUGUUUGGGCCACUCAUUAUCAUCCCACUAAAUACUGUUUCCUGUAGAAGCCAUAUAGUUUGUAUUUUUUAAUGAGUUUUUAAAUGCUGUGCACAAUAUUUCUCUAUUUUUUUUUUUUUUUAUAAAGAGACUGGGAAAUAGGUAUUAUUUUCAUUACAACAGUGCAAAAACAGCACAGCUAAGGGUAGCCUAAGACCUCUGCACAGUACUCUAUAUAUU